CCUGUACUUCAAAGCUUCGUGAAUCCUCCAGGACGACAGCCUAUAUAUAGGCGUGCGAUAUCUUCAUCCUUUUCAUUUUCUAGCCAUUCGUGGGUUUACCGCCUCAUCGUCCCUUCCACCAUAUAUACUGCCCCGUGCACGCGAUCUCCGCAAGCCUCCGAAUUCCCGAGUGACGAACGCAUCGCAUCCUUGAGCGCUACAAUCAACCUCGAGCUGCUCUAGUUUCAGUCCUCGACGUAUUAUUUUCGAUCCUUAUAUUACUGCGCACUUUUACAUAGUUUCAAAAAACAGCAAAAUGCCUACAAUGUGGUUGUCCGAUAAUCAGAAGAUCGGAGUCAUCUUCUGCUCAGCCGGAGGCUUGUUCCUCUUCGGCGGAGUCCUAAUGUUCUUUGAUCGCUCACUCCUGGCAAUGGGAAACAUCCUCUUCCUCAUCGGCCUCACCCUAAUAAUCGGCCUCGAAAAGACCUUCGCCUUCUUCUCCCGUCGCCAAAAGCUCAAGGGCACCGCUGCCUUCGCCGCUGGAAUUCUACUCAUUCUCCUCCGCUGGCCGCUAACCGGGUUCAUAAUCGAGUUAUACGGUCUCUUCAUCCUCUUCGGCGACUUCCUGAUCACAAUUGGCCAGUUCGCGGGGAAUAUCCCCGUCGUGGGACCGUUUAUUCAAAAGGUUCUGGAGACGCUGGCGGGUGGAAGAAGGAAUGCGGAGUUGCCUGUAUAGGCAGGGGACUCACAGUUCGAUUCUCCGUUGAGGGUAUAGGCGUGGAUGGGUGAGUGAGUGAAGGGAACGACUUUGAUAACGAUGACGAUGAUGGAGGAUCUUGUCAUGUUCAUGUGUAUGAAUAGUUAUGUGGCACUAGGGUCUUCUUUUUUUCUUGUUACGAAUAUUUGCAUGAUGGGAUGGGUAUGGGAUGGUAUGGUGUGGUGUGGACUACUAUCGUUUGUUGGUCUAGGCCCAUGUCUACAGCUACUGUCUGGAUGAGCGGGAUGGUGGUGUUGUUCGCUUUUAUAUUAUGGGUAUUAUUAUGUACUAGAGACUUUUAAUUGUUAAUAUAUCUUUCCGACGAGGAGAGUACCUGGG